CAUAAUGAUUUGCCUCCUUUCUCCUGCUGAUCACUUAGAGAAGACAUUUCAGGCUGCUCAGUUAGUGUGUGCACGUUUGCUGUUAAAUAAAGUAGAAAGUCUUGUGUGUAAGCUGCUGACUGGGUCAACAGAGUCUGAGGAGACAUGGAAGCUGUGAUCGGACUGUUGCUGAUGAUACUGGGAGUCUCUCAUGGUGUGGAAACCUCCUGUGAUGGCAGACAGGAUGGAGCUCAGUGUUAUGGAGCUUUGGGAGGAACUGUGGUCCUCCGGCUGAUGGACAGCGCCUCAGAAAUAUUUAGAUACAAAUGGUCAACCAAAACAACAACAAUACUCAGUGGGAGAAAGAAUCUGAUUGUGUCUAAUGUGAUAGAAAACAGAUCAUCAUUUACUCCCAGUGAUGGAACAUUUAGGAUCAAUAACGUGAGCUGGAAUGAUGAAGGAGAAUAUAAACUUACAAUCUAUGAUUCAAAUGGACUGAUAUCAGAGCAGCAGACUCUACAGUUGACCAUUCAAGGUGAGGAAACCUCCUGUGAUGGCAGACAGGAUGGAGCUCAGUGUUAUGGAGCUUUGGGAGGAACUGUGGUCCUCCAGCUGAUGGACAGCGCCUCAGAAAUAUUUAGAUACCAAUGGUCAACCAAAACAACAACAAUACUCAUUGGGAGAAAGAAUCAGAUUGUGUCUAACGAGAUCAAAAACCGAUCCUUCUUUACUCCCAGUGAUGGAACAUUUAGGAUCAAUGACCUGAGCUGGAGUGAUGGUGGGGAAUAUACUCUGAUAACCUUUGAUUCAGAUGGACGAAUCACUGAGCAGAAGACUCUACAGUUGACCAUUCAAGGUGAGGAAACCUCCUGUGAUGGCAGACAGGAUGGAGCUCAGUGUUAUGGAGCUUUGGGAGGAACUGUGGUCCUCCGGCUGAUGGACAGCGCCUCAGAAACAUCUAGAUACCUAUGGUCAAACAAAACAGCAACAAUACUCAAUGGAAGAAAAAAUACGAUUAUUUUUAAUGAGAUAGGAAACAGAUCAUCAUUUACUCCCAGUGAUGGAACAUUUAGGAUCAAUAACCUGAGCUGGAGUGAUGGUGGGGAAUAUAAACUUAAAACCUUCAAUUCAGAUGGACAUCCGUUAAAGCAGCAGACUCUACAGCUGACCAUUCAAGCUCCUGUGUCCUCUGUCCUGCUGGUCUCUGAGUGUCUGUCCCAGGGAGAGAUGAGGGUGUCCUGCUCCUCUAAGGGAGGGGACAGUCCUCAGUACAGCUGGACUCUGUAUGGACGCACACUGACAGACGCUGAGCUCCUCUCUGGAAACACUGAGACCACCAACAUCACUCUGAAACAACACGUCUCAGGAGAACUGGUCUGCUCAGUCAGGAAUAAAGUCAGUAGUGUCUCAACAGAAAUGAAGGUGACUAACUGUGGUGUGGAAACCUCCUGUGAUGGCAGACAGGAUGGAGCUCAGUGUUAUGGAGCUUUGGGAGGAGGAACACUGGUCCUCCGGCUGAUGGACAGCGCCUCAGAAAUAUUUCACUACCGAUGGGCAACCAAAACAACAACAAUACUCUAUGGGGUAAAGGAUUGGAUUGUGACAAAUGUGAUAAAAAACAGAUCAUCAUUUACUCCCAGUGAUGGGACAUUAAGGAUCAAUAACCUGAGCUGGAGUGAUGGUGGGGAAUAUAAACUUUCAACCUACGAUUCAAAUGGACAGCUAUCAGAGGAGCGGACUCUACAGUUAACCAUUCAAGCUCCUGUGUCCUCUGUCCUGCUGGUCUCUGAGUGUCUGUCCCAGGGAGAGAUGAGGGUGUCCUGCUCCUCUGAGGGAGGGGACAGUCCUCAGUACAGCUGGACUCUGGAUGGACACACACUGACAGAUGCUGAGCUCCUCUCUGGAAGCACUGAGACCACCAACAUCACUCUGAAACAACACGUCUCAGGACAACUGCUCUGCUCAGUCAGGAAUAAAGUCAGCAGUGUCUCAAAAGAAAUGAAGAUGACUAACUGUGGCUUCAUAUUUAUUAACUGCACCUUACCCAAUGGGACACACAUAUCACAGUGGGUGUUUGCAGCCAAUAACACCCUGUGUAUUGAGCCAACAACAGCUCCUACCACGACCACAGAAACUGUAGGUGUGGAAACCUCCUGUGAUGGCAGACAGGAUGGAGCUCAGUGUUAUGGAGCUUUGGGAGGAACUGUGGUCCUCCGGCUGAUGGACAGCGCCUCAGAAAUAUUUAGCUACCGAUUGUCAACCAAAACAACAACAAUACUCAAUGGGAGAAAGAAUCUGAUUGUGUCUAAUAUGAUAGAAAACAGAUCAUCAUUUACUCCCAGUGAUGGAACAUUUAGGGUCAGUAAGCUGAGCAGGAGUGAUGAAGGAGAAUAUACUCUUGAAAUCUAUGAUUCAAAUGGGCGGAUAUCAGCGCGGCGGACUCUACAGUUGAGCAUUCAAGCUCCUGUGUCCUCUGUCCUGCUGGUCUCUGAGUGUCUGUCCCAGGGAGAGAUGAGGGUGUCCUGCUCCUCUGAGGGAGGGGACAGUCCUCAGUACAGCUGGACUCUGGAUGGACACACACUGACAGACGCUGAGCUCCUCUCUGGAAACACUGAGACCACCAACAUCACUCUGAAACAACACGUCUCAGGACAACUGGUCUGCUCAGUCAGGAAUAAAGUCAGCAGUGUCUCAAAAGAAAUGAAGAUGACUAACUGUGGCUUCAUAUUCAUUAACUGCACCUUACCCAAUGGGACGCACAUAUCACAGUGGGUGUUUGCAGCCAAUAACACCCUGUGUAUUGAGCCAACAACAGCUCCUACCACGACCGCAGCAACAUCCACUGUGGGUAAGGAGACUGUCAGCAUACUUAACCCCAGCACUAAUAUCACAUCCUCCAAUCAAACUGUGACUCCCCCCAGCAAUGAUGGCCCAUGGUAUAACAACUUGCCGGUAAUGGCCGGGGUACUCUCUGCACUGGUGCUGCUGUUACUGAUCGGCGUGGCUGUCAUCUGUUCUCAGAGGAAAAAGAAAAACAGCAAACCUAAAGAAGAAGACGACCAGGAGUUGACCUACGCUGAUGUCAGGAUCGUGCAGCGGCAGGGGAUGCAGAUGCAGCAAAGGCAGGAGACACAGGUGGAGUACGGCGAGGUCAAGUUCUCAGAACGACCUCGGCAGCCCGUAGAGCCAGCGGGAGAUGACUGUGUGUACGCCAAGGUCCGUAAAGCCAGGUGAUUCAGGGUGUUCUCACAAAGACUUCACCGCACCACUGAAGAUGGAGGAGGUGUUUGUCCAGAGGCCAAAUACUGUAGUUGUUCAUCUUAAUUUAAUGUAAUGUUUAAUAGCAAAAAAUGUAAAUAGAUAUUAUUAUUCACCACUUUAUGUGUACUUCUGUGUUGACUGUGCAUCAAAGUAUCAUCACUAGUUUUUGCAGACUAUUUAAUAUAGUGAGGAAAACAAGACUUUCAAUACAUAUAUAUAUAUUUUUUAUGUUGGUCUGUGUUUCAAAGGCAUCAAAAUUAGCUACAUUUAACUUUAUUUCAGACUUAUAAGCAUUUACUUAGAUGACAAUGUAUUUAUUAAAUAGAUGUGGGUGGGUUAAUUGAGGGUUGGAGUAUAUCAAAUAAGUAUGCUGCUAUGUUAGUGUACAUUUAUUAAAAGUUCGGUGCUGUGCGUGGAAGUUAUUUCAAAUUUGAUCAUGCCACCUUCCAUUGGCUGCCUUGCCAUAAGAUAAGCUUGUAGAGAAAUAUCUUGCCUCUCAGGAAGCUCGCAGUAACCACGUAUUUGUUUCCAUGAUGUAAACACUUCUGCUUUUUUCUCCAGCAUGUGCUCUCAGUCUUGCAAAACUGUCUUAUCAGUUACAGGGGGUGUUUUUUAUUAUUACCUCAUUGUAUGUGUAACAGUUUCAACAGGUCAGUUCCCCCUUAAUGCAGUCAUACAUAAGGAUGGGCUGAGCAGUGUUAAUCAUCUUUACUCUGAUAUAAAAAAAAAUAACAAGGGAACUUGUCUUUUUCAGUAGAUGCAGAGACAGAUAACACACAGUCUAAUUAUAUUAUAUCUUAGACAAAGCCUGCAAGAGAACAUGCUGUUGCUCAGGGUUUCGAUUUAGCAGCAAAGGAGCUGAAUCAAAAGGGAGAACUGGGAGGGACACAUUUUAAGGAACUUACCAACUUUGCACACUCUGAGCAGUCAGUGUGUCUAUCUUUUAACAUCAGAUUUUUUUCUCAUUUUAGAUGAUUUGCUGAUAUUAAUCAUUCAGAGUUUGUGUAAUUCUGAGCUGCAGCUUUCAAGUCUGGAGGUGGAACUUUUCUGCAUUGUGGAUAUUUAUGCUAAUUGUUUUUGGGUCAAUAGAAAGUCAGCUGAACAACAAGUAGAUCAAUAUGUAAUUUAUAGCGUUUUUCGUGCCUUAGGCAGGUAAGUUAGUCAGACUUAAACAGACAAUAAUGCACAAGAAAAUUUAAUCUUUUAUGUAUUGACAUUGACCCUUGGAAAUGCUGUUUUCGACAAUUAUUACUGUGAGACCACAUCAUACAGUACUCGUUGAAUUAUUCUAGUAACAAAUCUAUAUACCCCCCAGACUCUUGGCUUUUCUGCCUCCUCCAUAAUUGGUGCUUGUAACUUGCAGCUUUUAGCUCGUAACUUGUAACUUCAGUGUCACAUUCACAGACAGGGACUUUCUGCAUCCUUCUCUCAGACUUGGUGAAACAUCCUGUUGAAAAUACCAUAUGUGCAAAUUGCAUCUGUGUGCACAAAACCUUUUCACACAAUCACACAAUAUAUCCACAGCUGCUAAACUAAAUUACUUGUGAACAUCUUUUCACAAGCUCGAAAUAUGAAUGACGCUUAUUUGCUUUCAUAGUUGUGCUCAACUGCAGAGGACGUAGCAAUAUACAGCACGGGCAGAAACAAAUAGUUCAACACUUGAAGGCAUUAGCAAGUGGAAUGAAGUCUUGCAUUAAGUUACCGCUUGUUGAAGCCCUAAUUUUUCUAGGUUGAAUUCUUGACUCUUAGAGACAGAAGAAUGUACAAACAAAGCAAAUAAUAGUAAAAAUUUUGGAGAAAUAACGUUUCAUAUCGAGUGCUCCUCAAUGGUUUUCUGUAGGCUGCCAUGGAAGUUAGCAUUGCACUGGUUCCAAAACCCACUAACCAAAAACCCACUCAAGAAACCCACUGACUUUGAGACGAGGGAACCAUGAGUGGUAAAAUGCUAACUCAUUUCCGGGUUUUAAGACUCAUUACUGGUGGACUCAGUUGUCAAAGCUGUAAUCAGAUGCUGUUGCAUGUGCCAACAGCCUUUUGAUAUGGGUGUAGACUAAGUUAGAAAGUGUACAGCCAAACCUUUGACCCUCAGGCAGAGCACCCUCCUUUUCUCACCUCAGUAUCACGAUCUAAAAAUGGUUUGUAACUUCAGCUUUAACCGAAAUAACUUCUUUACAAAGUAGCCAUUAUCAAUUUGUUUUUCCGAUGGUAAUUUUAGUGAGAUUUAAUUUUUUAUAGAUCAUAUGAAUCCAUGUGCUUUUAAUUCUUUAUUUGCUUUGGAUUUAAUUGAUUCGCGUGGUUUGAUAGCUUGAGGUUAAAGGUUGAUAACCAUGGACUACCAUUCAGCUGUUUCACAGAGCCAUAAAAUCGGUGUUUAUGGUUCAUAAGAGUUGUAGUGUCCUUAAACAACCACCUGAGAGCUUUUUAUUUAGUUGAACCCACAUAGUCGAACUUCUGACCGACAUAAUCUACUGAGCAAAUAAUUGACAACCCGAAUGAAGUGCGAUAAAACUGCUCCAAAAAUCCAGAAUCCUUUUGCCAUCUUGUCAGCCAGCCCUACUUUGUUCAGUAUGAUGAUUAAAUGGGAACCAAAACUGUCUAGUAUUUUGCAGCUUUUAGCCUUUUUAAUAUGUGAACAACACUGAGGUUAGAGUGCUGCACCUUAUCUCCUGAUAGGUUUGAUAGAAUCAUAACUACAGAUUUUUUUUUUCCUCAUAAAAACCACAUGAUUUUAUCAGUGUUGUUACACAUUCAUGUGAUGUUAUCACGUCAGGUUGAAUUUAGUUAGCUAUAAAACCAAGACUGGUGACGAUUCUUCAACCCUGAGCACGCCAGUUUUACAUUAAAGAUAUCCAUCAGGAGAUUUAGCAUUUGCUUUUUAAAGAAUUUGUCAGCUAUAUGACAAAAAAGUCAAUAGUUUGAUUCGAAAUUGUUGAAGCAUUGAAGUGUAAUUUGGUAUUUAUGCAGUUCUGUGGGACAGUGUGAAUGUUCAGAAAUGCAGUGUUAUAAAAAAAAGUAUAAAAAAAGAUAUAAAGAUUUCUGUGAGGAGAUCAUCCUGCAGUCUGGCCUUUAUUUAUUUAUUUAUUUUUUUAUUUCAAUAUACAAUUAUGGUACAAGAAGCUUCUCAGGUUGUAAUUUCAUGAAACUCAAAUAUUAAUUAAGUCAUUUUGUGGGCAGGUAAAGCUCUAUACCACUGCUGCACUUUCUCAUUGGUGGCAUGAACUUAUCAAGAAGCUUUUCUCUGUGGAAAUGUUUAAGAUGAUUGUGGUGCGGUGAAAGCAGAUACACUCACUGUGGGUAUAUCACAGUGCUAAUGAACAGAAAAUGCAAACC